AUGGGAAGAACUCCACGCUGUGAUGGGGAAGGCUUGAAGAGAGGCCCAUGGACACCCGAAGAAGACGAGAAGCUCUCAGCGUACAUCAAAGAAUAUGGCCAUGGAAGCUGGCGCACCCUACCCCAGAAAGCUGGUCUCCAAAGGUGUGGGAAGAGCUGCAGACUGAGAUGGAUCAAUUACCUCAGGCCUGGGAUUAAAAGAGGAAAAUUUACUCUGCAUGAAGAACAAACCAUCAUUCAGCUUCAUGCCCUUCUUGGCAACAGGUGGGCAGUGAUAGCCAUGCACUUGCCAAGGAGAACAGACAAUGAAAUCAAGAACUAUUGGAACACUCAUAUCAAGAAGCGGUUGGCGAAGAUGGGCAUAGAUCCGGUCACCCACAGGCGAAAGGAUGUCAGUAACUUCAGCUCAAGCAAUGCAGCAACACUCAGUCACAUAGCUCAAUGGGAGAGUACACGUCUCGAAGCCGAAGCCAGAUUGGUUAGGGAGUUGAAGCUGCGCCAACGCCUACUCAUCCCAUCACCGGGAUUUCAAUGUAAAGACACUCAUCAAGAACAUGAUCAACCAUUUCCACCCCUAUCAAUGAUUCACUCCAAUCAAGUGUCCAACACACUCGCGUUACCUCCUGGCCUUGAUGUACUAAAAUCAAUGGACGCUAGCACGCCAGGUGAUGCAAUGAGAAUGCCAACAGUUGGAUCAUCUGAGCUCGCCAACGUCGAUAUUUGGAGUACCAAGGAACCUACUAGUACUGAUCAAGUUAGAAGUCGAGAUUUGAAUGAUGGGUGCACAAAUCUUUUUCAUAGUAACUUCGAUGAAUGGAACCUGUUGGAUAGUGAGGGAUGUUUAUCUGGUGAUGGUGAUGGAAGCUUCGCUCAAGAGGAGGACAAGAUGUAUUGGAAUGGCAUUGUUGAUGCCUCUGCAGGAACAUGGGAUUCACUUGUGUUCUGA